AUGACCAAUAAUGGACUGCUGAAUCUGUACUUGCUGACCUUCAAUUGCGCCUCAUGUGCUGGCUGGGCCUAUGUGCUUUAUCUUACAAUGAUAACGGUAACUAAAGCAUACGAAAGUGGUCACGAAUGGAAUGAAAUUGCUCAGAACACGUGGGAUGUCGUGUCACUUCCCCUUAAGGUGGUGCAAACUAUGGCAGUAAUGGAGAUUGUACACGCUGCAGUGGGCUUUGUACGCUCACCAUUGGUCUCGACACUCAUGCAAGUGAGUUCCCGUUUGUGGCUUGUCUGGGGAAUCAAUGUGUUGUGUCCCGUAUCACGUUAUCAGUUUGGAUUCCCACUUAUGGUGGCUAGUUGGGGCCUUGUAGAAGUACCACGUUACUCGUUCUACGCUUUAAACUUGUACAAUGCGGUCCCAAACUUGCUCUUUUUCCUUCGUUAUCAUCUCUUCAUGUUACUUUACCCAUCGGGUGUACUUGGUGAGGUCUUGUGCAUGGUGAGUUCACUUAGCUUUCUAUCGGCGGGUGUGUACUCGAUCCAACUGCCUAAUACGCACAAUAUCUCGUUGUCGCUCUACUUGGUGGUCAUCCUAGUACUUGUCGUGUACAUCCCGGGUCUGCCUGUCAUGUACGGCCACAUGCUCACACAGCGCAACCGUGCGUACUCCAAGACGAAGACAAAGACGGCGUAG